UUUUGGGAAGGAUUGUUGAGGACAUAGGUUAGCUAGGGUCUUAUGGUUAGAUUUUAAUGGGAUAAGUGUUAGGGGAGAUUCUUCUAGCGUUUUUAAUGUUUUUUGAAGCUCUCAGAGGCUUAGUGGAAGGUUGUAGGAGUUGAGAAAAUUUAGCGUUUUUAGGUGAAUAUUUUCCUUUUGAUAAAUUUUCAUGUUAAAAAGAUUCAUUUUUAAUGAGUAUGGAUAUCUUCAUAAAAUUUUCAAAUUUCCAGAAUAGUAUGAAGACAAGGUUUUUGAAUAUGUGUCUCAUCAUAAUGGUUACAGAAGGAUCUCUCUAUCUAUUAGUAUUAUUUCGUAUCUGUUGGGUUCAUAUUGGUGUCCUAAUUUAUAAAUAUCCAAUCAGGAUUUCUACUCUGGAAAUUUGCUAAUCAGAGAAUUAAAUUUUUCAAAUCUCAGAAAUCCUCGCUCCUAAACUUUAUUUUGAGAGAAAAUGAAAGGCUGGAUGUGCUUAAAAUUUGGAGGCAGCAAAAUUUCUCUCUUCUCCCUUAGUUUUGAAGAGGCUAACAAUCAGAUUAUCUUUAAAUUUCAUCUUCAGUAAUUAAUUUUUUAAUUUUAUGGUUAUACUUUAGCUUCAAUAGGUCUGUAGUUGCUAUAGAUUAGUCUAUUCAAAUAAAUUAUUCCAUAAUUUCCACCAGCGGAUAUUUCCAUGAAUAUUUCCAUGAAUAUUGGAAAGCUCUUUAAGCAGCUGCUUAUGUGCUGCCUUCUCUCUACCAAAACUUUUGGCUUAAAAUUUAUGCUAUAACUUACUUGUUAAAAUGUGGUCUAACUUCAAAUAGAUGGAAGAAAAUAAAGAGUAUCAACAAGAUUACAACAGGGAAGGCCAAAUGCCUUCUGAGAUACAAACGGUAAAGUUAUAUUGUCACUAAUUUUUAUGCCCCUUCGCUUCCCAUAUUCUUGAGCUUUUGACUUUUCCGCGUGAUUUAUAGACAGCGCAAUAUUACCCUAGAUUUAAAAAGAAGAAAGGGAGAUGGUCCAACCAAGAACACGACAUAUUCAUUAAUUGACUCAAGACAUACGGAAAAGACUGGGAUAGGCUUGAAGAACUGAUCCCGACUAGGUCAAGUUUGCAGAUUAGGUCUCACUGUCAGAAGUAUUUCGACCAAAUCAAGAAGGAGUACAAGACAGACAACCCAAUGGAGUAUAUACUAAAGAACAUGUGUGACAAGUCUCCGUACUACCAGUUCGAUCUGCCUCAAUUGACUGACCCAGUGCAGAACCCUCAAGUUCAGAUGAUGAUGACACAGAAGAAGCCAGAAGUUGACAACCCUGGUGAGAAGACAAAGAAGAAAUACCUUAAACACAAGAAAGAGGUUGUAUCUAGUGACAGCUCAGGAUAUUUCAAUAGAGAAGAUUCCAGCAAUAUGAAGAAAAGAGAACUGAAAGAUCUAUUGAAGAACAUGCAGUACUCUAAUUCUUCAAAUGAGAGUAAGGAGAGGAGACUUCAGAGAGAAAGCAACUCAGAUUCAUCAGACAAGUUAUUCAAAAUACAGAAGGUUUCGAAGAGUAGAGAGGAGUCUUUGUCUUGCUCAAACUUUGAUUCAAAGAAGGAUAGCCAACACAAGAGUUCCCAACCAAAUGAUCACAAAAGAAAAUACUCAAAAGACACAAUACUUAAUAUUAAGAAAGGAAGUAGUAUUGCUCUUCUUAACAAAGGAAAGAUUAUCAUUCAAGGAGUCAGAAUCGAGUCUAGCGUUCCAGGAGAGAUACAAAAAUAUGACAAGGAUUUAAAUGUGAUUAUUCCAGACUACCCUUGCCAGGUCUACAUAGAGCCACUAGUUCUACCAAAUAAGCCUAUUAGAUACGAGGCAAACCUUAAAGUCGCUAGUAAGAGCUUAAAAGAAGAGAACAAGAAUCCUUUAAUGACUACUGGGUCAUACAGCACCAAUGCUACAAGUAGAAGAUCAUACACCCAGCCAUCAAUGUUUCAAGAUGCCGAUUUCAUGAAAGAAAUGGAAAUCCUCAAGAACAUUUUCUGCUGUUGCGUUAAAAGAUAACAAUCCUAAUAUUUUCAAUUAAAUUUUACACUA